AUGAACCUCUUCUUUUUCAUUGCCUUCCUUAUCGGCCCUUUUUGGUAUCUGAGGUCAACAUCUGCCUCUUCUUUGAGCGUCCUGCCUUGUGCUUUUGACACUCCGACACAAACACAACUUCCGAGCUCGCAGCCUCACACUCAACAGAUCUACUUCUUGCCAUACCUGUUCAAAGAACAUCCUACGUUGGAAUGGUUCUCUGCAAAGAAAGGAAGAGAGCGUGCAACUGCGUCAUCUGACGAGAAAGAGGUCGGGGAAUGGAGGAUGAAAGACAUGCCCGACCCUCAGGGUCACCUCUGGACAGUGAUGGAUCUCUACAAUGUGGACGAUGUGCCUGUUGUGGUACCCAUAGGAUUCAACUCCGCCAUUGGUGUGGGAGAUUGGUGUUGGGGAAUUGAUUGUAACAAAAAAAUGCUUUCCAUUACGUUCUCUCUGGGCUUCCAUCGGGAAUGGUUCAUCAUAAUCGGCAAGCACAAACUAGACAACUGUCGCGUCGAAUCCUCCUGGCAUUGUUGUAGGGUAUACUACUUCACCUUCGGGAGUUACGUCAUUUCACGAUGCCUCGUGCUACUGCAGGAGAUAGCUGAGGUCAAUGUUCGGCCUUACUAUUGUCUCGCCCUCCCUGGGCUGAGCGUAAUCUGUGCUCCGGUAGUGUGGUAUCAUGCCGUGUAUAUCAAUCCCCAGCAUGGCAGCACGGAGUGCUAUGCCACGAAUGAGUUUGGUCCUUUUAGUGCAGUAGUUCUCGCAGCUCUCGGUGUGUGCCCUGUUGCCGGCUGCAACGACAGGGAGGGGUCCGGUCUCUCACUCACUUGCCAUGCUAACCUCUUUAUCUGCCAUAAUGGUGUCCAUACAUCCAUAUGUCCCAUUGGAAAUGAUGGGCAGGUAAUUGAUUGGCUCAACAUCGUCACGACUCUCAAGCUCAUUUUGAUAAGAUCUCCAGGAUGA